AUGGGCAGCCCAAAUCGCCAGUCCAAGAAGGGGAUCCUCCUCUUCGAAGAAAGCCCGCGGCCCCAGCGGUUCUCGUACAAAUCGAACCCGUCAUCCAAGCCGAGUUCAGGCAAGAGGGCCCCCGCCAAUGCCCCGCACGACUCAGGCUACGUCCGCACAAACUUUAUGUCGGCCCAACCAUUGACUAACGUCAUGCCGUCUAACCCGUACGACUCGUACUUUGAGACCCCUGUGCUGGAACACACGGAAACGACGUCGACAGGAUCAAUCAAGUCAAAGCAAACCGAGUUUGCCGCGCCGCAGUUCCAGUCCUUCUACGUCGUCAUCGGCGCCUUCCUCGGCAUCGGCGUCGGCUUCGGGAUGUAUUACCUGCACAUUGGGACGGAGCUCGAGAAGGCACUGACAUUGCCGGGAGAUCUCUUCGUGCGCGCACUGCGAUGCCUCAUUGUGCCGCUCGUGUUUUGUGUCAUGACAAUCGUCGUGACGGAAAGUGUGUGUCUGGGCCGGUCGUCCAUCAUGCGGCUGCGCACGCUGCUCCCGUACAUAGCGUCAUCUGUUGUGUCGACGGUGCAAGGCACCGUGCUCGCCCUCCUAUUUAAGGACUACUUCGUCCCCCGAGGACCGCGCGGCACAGCGGACGGAGCUGCAUCCACUGGAGCCUUGUUCAAUUUGACGCUCCAGUGUGCCAAUGGCAAACUCCUGACAUUACUUGCCAACGGCACGUUGGGGUGUGUUGCGACCAACGCGACGGCGCCGGCACUCUUCCUUGCGGCCAACCACACGAUGGCUACGACGACAUCCACCACGAUCACGAUAGUCGAUCACCAGCUCAGUCUCGUGGACCAUAUCGUCGCAAUCUGCAACUUGCUUGUCCCCGGCAACAUUUUUCAAUCCCUCGUCGAUGGGUCGCUCCUGAGCAUCGUGAUGUUUUCAUUUCCUCUUGGCGUAGCACUUGCCCAGAGCGCCCCCAACGGCGCAGACAAUGUCGUGCUCAACUGCGUCCGGCAACUGCGCAAUAUUUUCGUACAGCUGCUCAAUGGCUUGCUUACCAUCACCCCCGUCGCAGUCGUCUUCCUCAUGGGCGGCGCCAUCGCCAAGGUCGACCAGCAAGACAUCAGUGAAGUCAUAUCUCAAAUGGGCUACCUCUUCCUCGCGUUCAUGAUCGGCGCCGUCUCCCAUGCCAUCGUCGUCCUGCCGUUGGUCGUGUACCUGUGGGUCAAGGUGAACCCGUACACGUAUCUGCAGCAGCUCAUCCCCGCUUACGUGUUUGCAUUUGGGUGCGCAUCGUCAAUGGCCACGCUUCCCGUCGCCAUUGAGUGCAUCCAACGGACCAAAGUGAGUCGGUCCUUGGCCCACAUUGCCAUGCCAUUCGGCACCCCUGUCAACUUGAACGCGUCCGGCAUCUACUACCCCCUGGCGGUCGUGUUUAUGGCCACGAUGUCCGGCCACGGAGACCUACUGACUCCCGUUCGAUUUUGCGUCAUCUUUUUUGUGAGUUUGCUUGGAUCCAUCGGGACCGCGCCGGUGCCCAACGCAGGCUUAGUCUACGUCAUGACGCUGUGGAAGACGUGCUUCCCGACAGUUGAUCUCCCCAUAACGUUUUCCCUCAUCGUGACCGCCGACAUUCUCUUGGACCGCUUGUCCACCGUGCUCAACGUGAACGGGAAUGCCAUGGCGACACGCAUCCUGGCCGAACAAAUCGACGAAACGUUCGAAGUGCAAGCUGACCGGAGAGUGUAA